GUGUGCUUGCUCCUGUUUACUCAACCAGUCAAACAAAGCGUGGAUGCUACUCUCCCGACGUGACGUGAGCAAGUUUUUAGCAGUCAAUCACCGCGGCUGUCACCUUUUGUUUUUACAGAUACUGAUGUUCGCAGUUUGCAGAGAUUAUUUUUUUCCCACAGUUAGGCCUAUCUAGAAUUAUCGCGUUUUAUUUGUGAGACAAGCUAUGAUUGUUUGUUUUUUUACGUCUGCUCUGAGCCGAAGAACAAUGGAUAUGCGCACUCAUUUUACACUAAGUGGAGAUUGUUUCACCGCUGGCUGAAGGAUUCGCUUCUGGAGUUAGGGCCGUCCGUGGUGUUGCGGCCAGGCUCUUCGCCAUUGAUCGCACAGGUUAUGAAGGACUUAGGAAACAAGAAACAACGAUAGACCUCAACCCUCACACCCCUGGCCUUGCUCGUACAAGAGGACGUUCUCUUCCCAUCCUUCCUGCCAUGGCAACACCUUUCCCCAUGUUCUCCGUGCACCACAAACCCCUACUCCUGUACUUCUAGACAGGUGUAGGAUGAGUUGAGAAACGGCAGAAGGACGAAUGAAUUGACAAAUUAAAUGCUUUGAGAUAGUUGCCUUUUAAUUCACCACCCCUCCCCCAUCCUUAUUAUCACAGCUCCCCCCAAGAAGUACGGGAUCUUAGUCACCCCCCACCCCCCCUCCCUUCCACACCCUCUGACUCACCCCUGACGUAGUUGUCAUUCCCUUCCACCCCAACCCUUUACCCCCACCUCUCCCCUUUUCCAACUUUCACCACAAUAUUUUAGGAAGAAAAAAGUGCAUAAAUAAAUUAUAUGUAAUUAGUGUUAAAAUAACGACUACAGACAACUAACAAAUAAAUACAUAUGUAAGCAAGUCAAUAUAGACCAGAGCAGAGCCUUCAGUAUAACAAACCCACUAUAACAUUUUUAAGAAGUAAAAAGUGCACAAGCAAACAAGUUAUAAAGUGUUGGAAAAAAAACCCAAAACCUGGUAAAUAUACAUAUUAAGUAAGGCAAUAAAGACAUGAGUCAAAACUCAGUAUUACAACUUAUAAUAACAUUUCAAGGAGAAAAAAGUAUAAGUAAGUAAAUAUGUAAUAAAGUAUUUUUAAAGAAAAUAAACGGCAACAAAUUAAUAAAUGAACACGUAAAUAAGAUCAAAGUACAGAGGUAAAUAUGUAAGAAAGUGUAAACAGAAAACCAGCAUCAAACAACCAGUAAAUAAAUAUAUACAAAUAAAUAAGUCAAUAAAGACCAGAGCCAUAUACAAAGCACAUAAUAUAAGUAAAUAUGUAAUAUAGUGUAUAUAAAAAAAACGCGUCAUUAAACAAACUAAUAAAUACACGGAUAAAUCAGUCAAGAAAGACCAGAGCCAAAGACCCUAGACACCCCCACCCCCCUCUUCCUUCUUCCCCACCUUUUUCACUCUUACUCCCACCCAAAGUCCUCCAACAUUGCCCGUACCGCCAGCACCAUGCAAUGGCAGCCUGCCCCAGGCAAACAACUCCUGGCUCCGUUUGGGCACCAAGUCGCCGGCCAGUCGUCCAUGCUUUGGUACGACAGCAGUACCGUGUGCAAGCCGCUCAUUGCCCGCGAACACUUUGUCUACAGGACGCUGCCGCCGGCUCUGGCCGAGUUCACGCCGGAGUAUAGAGGCGAGAUCGAGGUCCAGCUCCAGGAGGACAACGGCUACAUCCAGCUGUACGGGGUGUCCGUGACAUCACAGGACGAGCACGGAUCUCCCCCCUGCCCCUGCUUCACCGAUCCCGAAGACGAUGCGGAAUGUAAGGGUCACUGCUGUCCGGAUGCCACACCCCCCGGUCGACCGGCAGACUCCAGCAGCCCUAGCGAAGGGGACGGGCAUGAUAAGGACAGGUCAUGUGUGAUCCGUGUGCUAAGUAGUGGCAGUUACGAGGUGUGUCCGAGCACGGAGGAGAUGUUCUACACCAAGACCUCCAGCCCUCAGCACCCGAGUACUCAGAGUUUGAAUCCUUGGAGCCUCAAGAACCACAAGAGACUGCUGGACAAGAUGAGAAAGUCUGAGCACAGUCACAACCGUGUGCGUUUCAUCCUGCUGAAGAACGUAGUGGCAGGCUUUGACCACCCGUGUAUAUUGGACCUGAAGAUCGGCUCUCGACUCCACGCCGAUGACGCCUCCAACAAGAAAGUGGCGAGUCAAUCACGGAAAUGUCGGGAGACGACAUCCAGCUCUCUCGGUGUCAGACUCUGUGGCAUGCAGGUGUACCAGACCAGCUCUGGAAUCUACAAAAACUACGACAAGUUCCAUGGCCGUACUCUCACAGACGCCUCUUUCAAGGCCAUGCUGUACGAAUUUCUGCACAACGGACAGCGAUUCCGCUCAGAGCUUCUUCGGCCAAUCAUACGCCGGCUGUCUCAGCUGAUCAGCUGUCUGGGGGACCUGUCCUCAUACCGCUUCUACGCCAGUUCCCUCCUGAUCAUCUACGAUGGUAACGUCAACGACAACGAUACUUUCUGUGACUCGGUAGAGAACUCUCAAGGUCUCAACAAUGUAAAUAAUCACGACGUUAUACGGAGUAGUAGUCAUGGGAUGAAUGCUAAAAACAAAUCACAGAGCACACAUGACGGAAAAGAUUUCAGCUCUAUUUCAGAUUUUAAUCUGAAUUUGGAGGAGUCAUCAGAAAAUCAGUUUUCUGUGUCAGAGAGUAGAAAGCAUGAGUGGAGUCAUGACGGCAUAUCGUUUUCACAUUACGACACUUUGAAGUCACAUAACAAUACAUCACCCCCUCGUGUCAACAUAUCACCCUCACAGGAUGCUCAAAUUUCUCUAUCAGGUCUUCCCCCUAAGGUGAGGUGCCCAGAGAACGGCUCCAAAAUGUCUGCCUUAUCCUCCGGCUUUUACAAAUGUGCUCUCUCGAAUUCUUCCUCUCCAUCAGAGUCCUCACAAAAAACUCUAUGCUCAUCACGCAGUUGUAGAAAUUCAUCUGCACAGACACACACACAUGAACACCCUCUCCCCUCCACACAGAAAGCUGCAGACAUACACUCUCACUCCUCUGCCGCUCAGGAAGAAAGACACCAGAAAUUAUCAGACUUAACUCAUAAAGGUUCUGGUGUUGUUACUACCGAGCCCUCACAAACUGGAGUCAACCCAGAGUCCCAGAGUUAUAAUCUGUCUUCUAGUCUUGUGGAAUCGUGUACGUAUGUUGUAAAUUCUGGGGAUGAUCAUGCAUCACGAGGAAAGAAAAGGUCUGACAUAUGUUGUACAGACCAGAUUAACAACCGGUCAAGUUGGGAGGGAAACAGAGGUCAUGUUGUGACCAAAUCUGACUCGCCUUCCGAACUUCACGGUGCAUCUCCUGGGAUAGCUUCACAUUCCACAAACAGUGGCUGGUCACAGAGAAAACCGAGUGAAAAACUUGCAGCACAUUAUGACGACGGUGCGCCUCGCUUGACACCGAAACACAUACAAUCAUGUGUACAGCACCCCAACAAAACUUUACGCACAGGACAACACACCAAAAUGCCAUCGCAAAGAGACACACCGUCAUCACCAAAUGGCUGCAGCCCUUCUGUCUGUCCGAAACAGGGAUCACGCGUUUCCCCAUCCGAGGAAACCCACCAGAACUUGCACACCCAACCUGAAGCUGAAGGAGAUGCUGCCUUUCUCCCUCGACACACGCACACUUUUUAUCCAGGGGAUGUGCAAAAUAGCAACACUAAGGUUCCCACAAGGGUAAAUGAUUCUCAAAGCUCUCGUGUCCAAGAUGCCUUCCGUAGAGGAGAAAGUUGUCUUAUACCUACAACAGCCAAUAACGGUGUUGAUUGUGAUGUUGUGCAUGAACAAAAUCUUGUGUCACCCUCUUCCCCAGUCCGUACACCAAUCCACAAUGUAAAUACACACGAUACCAAAAUUACAUACACUGCUAAUUUGCCGAGUGAUAAUGAAAAAUUAAUGGACAAAAAAGGAAAAUUAAAAGAGUGUGAUAAAGAAUGUGAUAAAGAUGAGGAAAGGUUUUCCUCAAGUGGGAGUGUGCUGAUGGAUGUGAGGAUGAUUGACUUUGCCCACACAACGCACAGAGGGUUUGUCCAGGACAAGUGUAAGCAUACAGGGCCGGACAGAGACUAUGUGAACGGACUGAAGAAUCUGGUCAGACUCUUCCUGGAACUAGAGGCUGAAAACUGAGACGCGUGUGUGCUUGUGCUUUGAUGUGUGUUUGUGUGCGUGUGCGUGUGUGUGUGUGUGUGUGUGCGUGUGUGUCUGUAUGUGUGUUCUUGCUAAAAUGUGCAUUUAGUUACUGUCGUAUCAUCACACAUGUCUUUAUGAGUAUGUGACAGAGAAAGAGGAACAUACAUAUAUAUAUAUAUAUAUAUAUACAUGUAUGUGUGUUUAUGUGUGUGUGUGCGUGUGCGUGCGUGCGUGCGUGUACACCUGAAUGGCCUUAUCAUUGUGAAUGUUUUAGUUUGUGUCAUGAAAUGGUGUGAUGUAAAGAGAUCAAGAGACAAUUGAAAUGUUUUUUAAAAAGGAGAAAAAUGCAAGAAAAAAGAGGUAGAGGCCAAGCAAAAAUAAUUUACAUUUUGAACUUGAACUGGUGGAUGAUGGGAAAAGACUAGAAUAGUAAAAGGUUGGGUUUUUUUUUAGAGCAUCCAUCCAGAAGAAUACACGGUGAAUCACGAUCGAUGAUAUCUGUUUCAAAUUUGGUACUUGCAUCUGCAAAAAUGGCAGAGCAUUAAGAUAGAGAAAGAAGGUUCUUUUGUAUGUGUCUUCAUCAUUAGGGGUAUAUUUUUGCAUCUGUCUUUGUAAUUCUUUGUCCCUAAAUUUACAUAAAGUCAAGUUUAUAAUUAUGUUAAGACGCUAAUCGGGCAGUGAUAUCUGAAUGAAGUUGAAAUUCUUCAUUUUGCCUACUACUCUACAUCAAAUCUGACGUUUUUGGGUGUGUUGCAUGCACAUGGAAGUUUACUGGAUGUUUAGUUCUGUUUUUUUGGAAUCUUUAGGAAUUUCAUUGUUCACUGACAUCUUUAGUGUAAAUGUAAGGCUCUAUGCCAUCACACAUGGAAGACAUGAGUUCAGUUCCUAGAUGAAGAUUGUUUGUCUCUUGUUUUUGUCUGUCUGCUGAGAUCAUGUUGUUUCCUUCUCAGCCCAGGUCAAACCUGAAGGACAGGUCUGAAGCUGCUCGCCUAUUGAUUUAUCAGAAUUUGGUCAAUGAGGGUAUAAAAUUGUUACAAUAAUAAUAAGUACUUUUACAUUAUUUUUUUAUAAAGUGUUGGGGGGGGGGGGGGGUCAAGGCUUAUAAUUUGUCUUUCACUGUGUCAAUGUCCAGUGUACUUUUCUAACUAUUUUAACUUUCGGGUUCAUUUUUAUGUGGGCAAAUGAUUCCGAAACUUUUUUAAUGUGUUUCUUUUGUUUUUUCCACCACAAGAGAAUGGUUACAGUGUAUUUCUUUACAACAAUUUAUACUUUGUACAGGUCUUGUGAAACAAGAGUUACAGGGUGGGUGGUUGGCGGGUGCUCUGUUGUGCUCUUUCCUAUGAAACAUCUAUUGUCCUUA